GACUUUUCACAAAGUGCACCUUUAAACAGUGCUAAUGGUCAGCUGUUGGAGGCAUCUCAGCAAAAAUACUUCUCUGGGACUUUAAAGAAAACGGCUACCCACCUGAUCCCCAAACAAUUUGGAGAAUCAGCUUCCGUGGCCCUGGUGGAGGUAAAGCGGGGCCCAUUGAGGAAAAAGUGGGGUCAGGAUCAACACAGGCUUGGUGUGACGUAGUGAAUGGAGACCCUUCUCCCUUUGAAUUUUUCUAAAUAAAGUCCUUUUGCCUUCCACGGGGGAUCACUUGUUCAGCCUCGAUGGCCUUUCAGGACCUCUUGGAUCAAGUUGGAGGCCUGGGAAGAUUCCAGAUCCUUCAGAUGGUUUUCCUUAGUCUCUCCAGCCUCAUAGCGUACCCUCAUGUUUCGUUGGAGAACUUCACAGCAGCCGUCCCUGGUCACCGCUGUUGGGUCCACAUCAUCGACAAUGACACUGUCUCUGCUAACGGCACUGGGAUCCUGAGCCAAGAGUCCCUCCUGAGAAUCUCCAUCCCGCUGGACUCAAACCUGAGGCCAGAGAAAUGUCGUCGCUUCAUCCAUCCCCAGUGGCAUCUCCUUCACCUGAACAGGACCUUCGCCAACACGAGUGAGUCGGACACAGAGCCCUGUGUGGACGGCUGGGUGUACGACCAAAGCUCCUUCCCCUCCACCAUUGUGACUAAGUGGGACCUGAUAUGUGAAUCGCAGUCACUGAAAUCAAUGGCCAAAUUCUUAUUCAUGGCUGGAAUGCUGGUGGGAGGCAUCAUAUUUGGUCAUUUAUCAGACAGGUUUGGGAGGAAGUUAAUUCUCAAGUGGUGUUUCCUCCAGCUGGCUGUCGCUGACACCUGCGUAGCCUUUGCGCCCACCUUUGUCAUUUACUGUGUGCUACGCUUCCUGGCUGGCUGCUCUACCGUGAGCAUCAUGACGAAUAAUAUUAUGCUGCUUGUAGAAUGGACAGUGCCCCGAUUCCAAGCCUUGGGAAUAACGGUGGCAGUCUGCACGCCUUGCAUAGGACAGAUGAUCCUGGGAGGACUGGCUUUUGCCAUUCGAGACUGGUACACCCUUCAGCUGGUGGUCUCUGCACCAUUAUUUGUCUCUUUUCUUUUCUCAAGGUGGCUGGUAGAGUCUGCUCGGUGGCUGGUUAUCACCAACAAAUUCGAGGAGGGCUUAAAGGCACUGAGAAAAGCUGCACAGAGGAACGGAAGGAAGAAUGCUGGAGAAGCCCUCACCGUGGAGGUUUUGAGAUCCACCAUGAAGGAGGAGCUGGAGAUAGCACAGGAAAAACCUUCCGUGCCUGACUUGUUCCACACUCCCAUCCUGCGCAGAAGGAUCUGUUUAUUGUCCUUCGUGAGAUUUGCAACCUACAUGCCCUUUUAUGGCCUGAUUCUCCACCUCCAGCACAUUGGGAACAAUGUUUUCCUGUUCCAGGUUCUCUUUGGCAUGGUCAGCCUCCCCGCCAAUUACAUUGCCCUUUUGGCCCUGAAUCAUAUGGGCCGUCGAGUAAGCCAGAUGAUUUUCGGGUUCUUACUUGGAAUCUUCAUUCUAACCACCACGUUUCUGCCUGAAGAAAUGCAGACUCUGCGUGUUACUUUGUCAACUUUGGGAGUAGGAGUUUCUUCUGCAGCUCUCAUGAGUUCUUCUGCCCAUGGAAAUGAACUAAUCCCUACCAUAAUCAGGGCAACAGCGACAGGAAUCCUGGGAAUUGCUUCUAACUUUGGAGCAGCCAUGGCUCCCCUCUUGAUGAUCCUAACUGUGUAUUCUCCCCACCUGCCCUGGAUCAUGUAUGGAGUCUUCCCCAUCCUCUCUGGACUUGCUGUUCUCCUCCUUCCUGAAACCAGGAAUCGGCCUCUGCCUGACUUCAUCCAGGAUGUGGAAAAGGAGAAAGAAGGCCUAAGAAAAACAAAGAAGGAAGAUACCUUCAUGAAAGUGACACAGUUUUAAGGAGUUCCAGUAAUGAACUGCUUAAUCAAGGAACAAGACAGAGGAAGGAAAGUCAAGAUCAUCCCCAGAUACUGGAAAGAUCUGUAAAAUAAACAAAACAAAAAGCUAUAAAGGAAACAUGGAUCCCUUUUAUAAUUGCAGAACUAAGUAACUAUGCAAUAGCUACAGUUAAUCAUAAUGAGAAGUUUGGGGAAAGCCCUAAUACUUGAAAAGGUUUUUUUAUUCUUGAUGUCUCGUAGAUAUACAAUGUUCUAUUAGUUUCAGGUACACCACUUAGUGAUUUGACAAUUCUAUACAUUCAAAGUCAUAAUAUCUUUUAAAGGAAUCAUAGUAAAAUAUGUGCAAAAUUAUAGACAUCCAGCAUCUUUCUGGACAGAGAGGUAGAAUAGAAUUUAAAAACUUAGAUUUUGCCCCAGUUAAUUGGUAGAGUAAUUGCUGGAGUAAUUACAAUGGAAAACUCCAUCUUUGGGGACAACUCCAAAAAGAGUUCCAUAUGUAUCUACAAAUUAAUAAUAGGCAAAAUGAUUCAGAAAAAUGAGGCUCAUGGAGGGAGGAUGAGGUAGGUUUUGGGGGCAACAUAUGCUGGAAUGAGACGCAAUAGGUCAAAAACACAAUAGCAGAUGCCUUUACAAAUCCAAAGAAGUCCAGAAUGAUAAGGUAGCAUAGUUGACACUUGAAGUUUGAUCAUUAUCAGUGAUUUCAUUAUCAAUGAUUCAUUGAUCAUUAUCAUUAUCAACAAAUCAUUAUCAAUGAUUUAUGAUGAUUAAGGGUAUCAUAAAUCACUGACAGAAAUAAGUAAUUACAUAAUAAUUACCAUUAUAUGAUUUUAUAAAUAAAUGCCUGGGGCGCCUGGGUGGCUCAGUUGUUAAGCAUCUGCCUUCGGCUCAGGUCAUGAUCCCAGGGUCCUGGGAUCAAGCCCUGCAUCAGGCUCCUUGCUCAGCGAGGAACCUGCUUCUCCCUCUCCCUCUCCGUCUGCUUAUGUUCCCUCUCUUGCUGUGUCUCUCUCUGUCAAAUAAAUAAAUAAAAUUUUUAAAAUAAAUUAAAAAUAAAUAAAUAAAUGCCUAAUUUUUAAACUUCAUUCCCUAAACCAAAAGAAUACUCCAUGUGAUUAAAAAGAUAUAUAGAACAAUUAAACCAUGUUAUUCAAUACAAAACCUGGCUACAAAAUCUUGGGGUUACAAAAGUGUUCUGCAUAGUAAAGCAAAUGCCAGAAAUCUAAAUGCCUAAAUACUCGUUUAAAACCUCUGUUGGUCCAGCCCUAGAGAUAUAAGAGAAAUCUAGAAUAAUACUCAUAAAAAUUAUAAAAAGCUGUAAAUCUCUAGUGGUGUACCUUUAUGAGAUUUUUAUUUUCUUUUUUUGUAAGUCUCUGUAUUCUAAGUUUAAAAAGGAUAAUGAACCAUUUAAAAAUAUUAUAAGGAAUUAUCAAAAAUAAAUUUCAGAGGCACCUGUGUGGCUCAGUCA